UUGCAAGUGGAUGCAGAGAGAUUGUUGUAGCCAGAAAAGCCUUUACCAUUGUCUUCUCUUUAACCAGGACUACAAUGACUGUUGUGUUGUUUAUACUCUUACUGAGUUUAGUGAGUUUAGGGAACUGCCAGUCACUGCCUCAGUUUGAACAUGAGAGGCACUUUCUGUCCAACAAUUCCUACAUCUACUAUAAUGAUAUUGGUGAUGAGAGAUCGUGCUCUAAAGUGUGUGACUGACAGUGUAAACUGCUGCAAUAACACUGAUGUUGGUGGCUGGAGAGAUGAGAGUGGGAGACCAGUCUACCAGGGAGCAGAUGGGACCACUUGUCUGUAUGUCACUAGAGGAGAUGGAGUGAUCAGUCUACACCGCAAGAGAGGUUGUACUGACCACACAUCAGGACUGUGGAGAUGUGAUAUACCUGAUUCCAGUGGAGAGGUGCAGAGUCUCUACACCUACAUCAGCAUUAUAAGAUCACAAGGACAGCUUGUCUUGUUGUCUAUGAACUUCACUCUACACACUGAGCUCAGAGCAAGUGUUCCUGAAUUCACUAUCUCCUGCCGUACUCAUGGAGGACCUGCCACAACUGUCCAGUGGACAGUAAAUGGAGUCCCAGUACAGGAAGACAGAUAUCAUGAGACCAGUCAGCUCAUACUGGACACAUCUCUCAACUCUGUCUAUGACAACAGAUUGAGAGUGAGAGGAAGAAGAAAUGGGACCUACAACUGUACCAUCAGCAACAAUAUUAGAGACUAUAAACCUGAGGCAUCUAUGACUGAAGUCAGUGGCUCAAAGAGAAUUGCA